AAAGAAAGUGAAACUGUUUCGCGCUUUUUCAAAGGUGCUGUUGAUCUGGCUUUCAUGCUCGAUGCUUCCAGCAGUAUAGGUGGGGAAGCGAAUUUCAAGCUAUGCCUCCAGUUUAUUAAAUCAGUUUAUUCCAGCUGCACUAUCUCAUCAACGGCGUACCGAAUAGGCCUGGUACUAUUUGGUGCUUCAGCAUCCGUGUCGUUUGACUUCAGCAAGUACAGCUCAGCGAGUGAAAUUGAUUCCGCCAUUACAAGUUUGACAUUGAUGGGAGGAGCAUGCGCAGCAGGACAAGGCCUAAGCACUUGCCAGGCACAGAUUUUUGCCCAAUCACGCCAAGAAGCGUCCAAAAUUCUUUUGGUGAUGAUGGCUGGGAAAUCAACAGAUGACGUAUCGAACGUAGCUGAGUCGCUAAAAUCGUCUGGAGUCAAGAUAUUCUGUCUUGGAAUGGGAAGUGCCUUUGACAGGACCCAACUUUUAGCAAUGGCUUCAUCUGAAUCUUAUAUCCAGAUACAGGCUGACUAUAACCAGCUCACAUCGUUGUCGGGCGUGUUUUUAUCACUUUUUGGUCAGGUUUCUAGUGGUAAGUAA